AUGAUUGAGCGCUGGCAACCGGAGACCCAUACAUUUCAUCUCCGCACUGGCAAGGCUACCAUCACCCUGCAGGAUGUCGAGGUGAUUUAUGGUCUACAUAUUGAUGGACAGGCAUUGUAUAGAGUGGAGCCUCCGCACCUAUUGUAUCCCCAGGAGUUGACUAGGUUCACUGGUUUCGUGCCUCAGCAGAGGGAUAUGCGUAGACGGAGUCGGUUGUUGCGGUCCUCCCUCCAUGCUCACUUGCGCCUCGUGCAUUUGCAGCAUCUGAUUGGCGACGCAAUGCCUCAGGUUGAUGUUGACCGACGUGCUCGCUUAUAUCUUCUCAUCAUAUUCGGGGGCAUCAUGUUCCCGAAUACGUCGGGUGCGGAUAUGAGCAUAAGAGGAUUUGAUCGAGCCUCUAUGGGCGAGAGGCUUGAGGUCGCUGCAUUUAGCUCUCUUCUUCAGCCUUUUAUUGUUAACUAG